AUGCCGAAUGUAGUCCCAACAGCGGCGCAGUUCUUUGCCGAGGAGAGUGAUGUAGGACCAGAGGACAUCAGCCAGAGGGUUGUCGCACUUCUGGAUGAGGCUGCCGUAGCCACGAGGGAGCAACAUAAAAUCUUGAACCUGCGCACCGUGCAAGAAUUGAUUACGAACAGAGAUGCUGCUCUCCUCGACAACUUUCUCGACGAAGUCCUGGCUUUCCAGAACGAUCGCAGCCCGGAUGUCAAGAAGUUCCUCAUUGGCUUCAUGGAGAUCGCGUGCAAGCGAGAUCCAGCCAUUCUACCGAAGGUUGUCGCGAACAUCAGAAUCAUGCUGGAUGAGGAGAAUCCAAAUGUGCAAAAACGCGCGAUACAGGCUGCAACUCAGCUAUACAGAGUUUGCUUCAAGUGGCUGUGCGCCUCUAAAGGGACAUCGGACAUUGAUGAUUUGAAGAAGAGUACGUGGAAAUACUUUCAAGACAUCAAAGAGUCAAUUGUCGGACUUCUUGAUAGCUACAACGACGGAAUCCGAACGCUCGUCGUCAAAUUCAUGGAAAUGGUCGUCUUGACCCAAACGUUCCCUGACGCGCAUUCGCCCACCAGAGGAGAGGAUGAAGUUUCUCUUGACGAUGCGUCUACGCACGUAGCUCAAUUCAUCAAGCCUAGCCAGCUCGAGGAACAGGCCAAGAAGACUCUUGAGAGACUUCUCGCAUUCCACGGAACGCAACACAUAUCAUCGGUAAACUUGAUGGCCUGCUCCCAGAGCCUGGUAAUCAUCGCCAAAUCACGAGCUGAAUUCAUGUCGCGGGUCAUCAAUGCUCUGGAAGCGCUCCAUGCGAAUCUACCGCCGACGCUCUCCAAAUCUCAAGUCUCAUCUGUCCGCAAACAUCUCAAACUACAACUCUUCCUGCUGUGCAAACAUCCUGUUGCGCUCGGAUUCGCCCCGCAAUUGACGACACUAUUGUCGGAUCUGGGCGCGACCCCGCAUGAAAUGGCCAAGCAGCUACCGCCCAAGUUCAUAGAAGAGUCAUCCCGGAAGCGUUCCAUCCCCGUGGACGCUCCGGUGGCAAGGAAGAUACCACGAUCAUCGCCUUCGGUGGUUUCGGCGGUUGCAGAUGAGGAGGAGGACGACGAAACCUCAAAGGUUCCUAAGAUGGCGCAGGACCCUACUCAGAGCGCCAUAGACAUCACUGCUUCAGAUAUUGCACCCCGUCUCACAACUCUCAAUGUCACCGACGUGGUCCUCGUCACGAUGCUACGACUACCUGAAACCAUGCCAGCCAAUUUUCAAGCGACGUAUACGCCCAUCAGCGUGGCUGGAACAGAGCAGCAGAUUGCUCAUCUCUCGAGACUGAUGGCGACCCAGAUGACGGCUCAGAACAUGGGUAAAGGAGUCGAAGAGAUGAUGAAGAAGGCUCAACUGGAGAUGAGCAGAGCCGAGGCUGAACCCAUGCAAAUCGAGACCAUAGGUCGCGCAAAAGCGGCGUCAUCAUCGACUUCGGCAUCGCAUUCGAGCUCAUCUCAGAAAUCCAAAAGCGACGAGUCCUCCCCAAUCCUAUUGCCGGCUGGUGCGGAAGCUUUGAAAAUGAGAGCACGGACCCUGAAUCUCAGUGAAGUCACAAAGAGUAUGAAUAGGAAAGAAGGAGAACAAUUCAUGUCGUCGGCGGUGAGGAGACUACUCAGAACUGGUAGCAUCGGCCAUUCGAAAGCAAAAUUGAAGACAAUCGCUCGCCUGGCUAUGCAGAUCCGAGGGCAAAUAAGUGAAGUCAUUCGGGAGUUUAUUUUCCAAAACGUGCGGGCGAAUUCGGAUCUCGUCAUGGUAUGGCUGUUCGAAGAAUACAAUGCUGACCUAUCUUCGGAGGGCAUCGACUCGAGCUUGAGGAAUUACGGCCAGUGUUUACAAGACAUUCUGAUGGAUCUCCUGAUCAAAGUCGAAACGAGAGACCGUGAUGUGAUUUUCCAAAAAAUAUUCAUGGAAGCUCCUGUCGUGACGGAGAACGCGAUCGACAUCCUGCAACAGUAUUGCCAAAAUGAAGUUUCUGUCAAUCAUGGGUUGAACAUUCUACGGUCAUUGAUUGAGUAUCGACCUAUCAAACAAAAACACUACCUCGAACUUUUGCUCCAAUUGACGGUGAACCAUAUGGAAGAAGUGCGCCAACAAGCGGUCAAGCAAUGUCUGAUACUGGCUGAGAAAUCGGCGGAGAUGAAGGAAGCUGUUGAGCGCUACGCGGUCGAUCAUCUGAGAUCGUUGCUGCAGCCUUCUCCCCCUGCCUCCCUGUAUCCGAAUCAACAAGACGGCGAUAAUGUCUGGCUUGAAGACGAUAUCAAGCUAUGCAUGACGUUGUAUUUGGCUCUUCUUCCCGCGAAUCAUUCACUUGUACAUGAAUUGGCCAAAGUUUAUGUUGACGCUCCACCGGAUACGAAACGAACGAUUCUGUGGACUCUGGAACAGCCCGUCAAGGGAAUGGGCAUGGAGAGCCCGGAGCUUUUGCGGCUCUUGGAAAACUGUCCCCCGGGUGCAGAAACGCUCAUCACGCGAAUAAUACAUUUGCUGACAGAACAGAAUACACCGUCUCCAGAACUCGUGGCCCGCGUUCGUGAUCUAUACCAUAAACGAGUCGCUGACGUCCGUUUCCUCAUACCAGUCUUGACAGGACUGACGAAGAAGGAAGUCAUUGCGGCGCUUCCCAAACUCAUAAAAUUGAAUUCGAAUGUCGUGAAAGAAGUCUUCAAUCGGCUUCUGGGCUGCGGGGAGAAUGGUCCGCUAAGCCCUGCGGAUCUUCUGGUUGCUCUGCACAAUAUCGACCCGACUAAAUGCGAUGUCAAAACCGUCAUAAAAACAACUUCUAUUUGCUUCGCUGAAAAGUCUGUCUACACUCAAGACGUCCUGGCGCUGGUAUUGCAACAGCUCAUGGAACAAACACCGCUACCGACACUGCUGAUGCGGACAGUGAUACAGUCUCUGGCACUCUAUCCACGACUACUAGGAUUCGUCAUGAACAUUCUGCAGCGACUCAUAACUAAACAGGUGUGGAAACAGAAGAAGGUUUGGGAGGGCUUCAUAAAGUGCUGUGAGCGGGCUCAGCCUCAGAGCCUCAACGUCAUUAUUCAACUUCCGCCGGAACCUUUGAGGGAAUUGUUUGAAGCCGCGCCGUCGCUGAAGGACCCCUUGGUGCAGCACGUGACCUCCCUUACGCAGCAUCAGAAGUCGCAUGUACCCUCGAAAGUUCUCGAGAUCCUUUUCCCCGAAGAUGUGGCCUCGAAGAGCAAAACACCAGAGAAAACCGAAACCGAUGAGCAUCAUAUAUCUGGUUAGCAUGGAAUAAUUCCGCUCGAUCGAGGAAGAAUAAAGACGGACUAUUCU